GUGGACUUUGUUUUAUUAGGUGGGGAUCUUUUUCAUGACAACAAACCUUCCAGAAAAACAGUACACACUUGUUUGGAGACACUAAGAAAAUACUGCAUGGGUGAUCGUCCUGUUCAGUUCGAAAUUUUGAGUGAUCAGGCAGUUAAUUUUCAUUAUAGCAAGUUUCCGUGGGUGAACUAUCAGGAUGGAAAUCUCAACAUUUCUAUUCCAAUUUUUAGUAUUCAUGGCAAUCAUGAUGAUCCCACAGGGACAGAUGCACUGUGUGCGUUGGAUAUUUUAAGCUGUGCAGGAUUGUUGAAUCACUUUGGACGUUCACCUUCUGUGGAGAAAAUAGAUAUUAGUCCUAUUUUAUUGCGUAAGGGUAGAACAAAAAUUGCACUGUAUGGCUUGGGAGCUAUUCCAGAUGAGAGGUUGUAUCGUAUGUUUGUCAAUAAACAAGUGACCAUGCUGAGACCAAAGGAAGAUGAAGAUAAUUGGUUUAACUUGUUUGUGAUUCAUCAAAAUAGGAGCAAACAUGGAGCUACCAACUACAUUCCAGAGCAGUUUCUAGAUGACUUUAUUAAUCUUGUUGUGUGGGGUCAUGAACAUGAGUGCAAAAUAGCUCCAUGCCAAAAUGAACAGCAACGUUUCUAUGUUUCUCAGCCAGGAAGUUCAGUGGUGACAUCUCUGUCCCCUGGAGAAGCUGUGAAGAAACACAUUGGUUUGCUGCAUGUUAAAGGAAAAAAAAUGAAAAUGCAGAAGAUUGCUCUAGAGACAGUGCGAACUUUCCACAUGGAGGAUAUUGUUCUAGCCGAUCAUCCAGAUCUUUUUAAUCCUGACAAUCCUAAAGUCACUCAGGCAAUACAAGCAUUCUGCAUGGAAAAGGUUGAAUUGAUGCUGGACAAUGCAGAAAGAGAACGCUUGGGAAAUCCACGCCAGCCAGAGAAGCCUCUCAUAAGAUUACGAGUUGAUUAUGCAGGUGGCUUCGAACCAUUCAGUGUACAUCGUUUUAGCCAGAAGUACGUGGAUAGGGUGGCUAACCCAAAAGACAUCAUCCACUUUUUCAGGCAUCGUGAACAAAAAGAGAAAAAUGACAGUGAUUUUAAUUUUGGAAAACUGGUUAGCAGACCUGCUUCUGAGGGGAUGACGCUGAGGGUGGAAGACCUUGUAAAGCAGUAUUUUCAGACAGCGGAGAAGAAAGUACAGCUUUCACUUCUAACUGAAAGAGGAAUGGGAGAAGCAGUGCAGGAGUUUGUGGACAAGGAGGAAAAAGAUGCCAUAGAAGAGUUGGUGAAAUUUCAACUGGAAAAAACACAGAGGUUUCUUAAGGAACGUCGUACUGAUGCAGAGGAAGGAAAAAUAGACGAGGAGGUGCGAAAAUUCCGGGAGAGUAGAAAAAAGAAUGCCGAAGAAGAAGAUGAGGAAGUUCGUGAGGCGAUGACCAGGGCUAGAGCCCACAGAUCUGAAGAUGCAGUUCUUGUCACAGCCUCCAGUGAUGAAGAACUCAUGGAUAUGGGAAUGAAAGGCACUGGUGAUUCAGAUGAUGGCCUUCCUGCAACACUGAGCCGAGGAAGGGGUUGGGCAAGAGGUAGGGCAAGAGGCGCAAGAGGACAAAAUUCAAGAGGUCAGAAUUCAUCGGCAAGAGGUUCAUCUCGAAGGGGAAGAGGAAGCACUAGCCAAGAGUCAGCUACUAGCAGCAGAACCUACAAGCCUGUAUCUGUGCCUGCCAAGAAUAUGUCUAUCGUGGAUGCCUUUAGGUCUUUGAAACCAGACUCCUCCUUGAACUCAUCUAAAUCUUACUCAGAGGAUAUCAUAGAUGAUGACUCUGAUCUAGAAGACAUUUCUAUUGUUCCUUCUUCCAAAGCAAAUCAAAGGUUGUCAACUACACCUUCACUUAGUAAAAGAGGUUCACAAAGCCAAACAUCUAGAGGAGUUGAUUUUGAGUCAGAUGAGGAUGAAUUCGAUCCAUUCAAAAGCACUGCAGCAUCAAGGAGAACUAAGUGA